AUCACAUUUAGGAAUUCCUCAUCAUGAAACAGGUUUAAAUAUUGCCAUCGAUACACCUAACAUGUGUUGUAUUACUUUUAAAAUGCCCCACUCAAUACUUCUUGUUCAAUAUAUACUUCUAUGUAGUAUCACUUUAGUGUAUACUAUUCCGAUGCUUACAUUGGUUAAUAACAAUCACACUGGUAUAAAAUAUCCAAUCAUUUUAAUUCCUGGUAUGGGUGGUAGUCAAGCAUAUUGCAAACCUAAGGAUGUGGGCAGUUCUUUUGCUCCAUUUAAUCUCUGGAUCAACUUUUUUCACAUAUUAUUACCUAACAAAGUAUUCGAUUACUUCAGAUUACAACAUGAUCCAUACACCUAUGAGUCACAUGAUUCAAAUGAAUGUGAUGUAACAUUUCCCGGAUGGGGUGAUACAUGGUCUGUGGAAUAUCUAUCACAAUAUAUAUCUUUUGAGUACUUCGGUUCACUUGUGUCAGAACUGAUGAAAGACAAAUUUUAUGUGAGAAACUUCACAAUGCGUGGAGCUCCAUAUGACUUUAGAAAAUCACCAGAUGAUAACAAACAAUUUGUAAUGAAAUUCAAACAUUUAGUAGAAGAAACUUAUACAAAUGGAUUGAAUCGACCAGUUGUUCUAUUAGGCCACAGUUUGGGUAGUCUGUACACACUAUACUUUCUCAAAAAUCAAACUAAACAUUGGAAACAAAAGUAUAUUAAAUCAUUCCUAUCUGUAUCAGCACCACUUGGUGGAACAGUUAAUGCACUUAUAUCCGUAACUAGUGGUGACAAUUUUGACGUAUUUAUUCAAAAUCCAUCACUAUAUCGAGAUGUGAUCCGUACAAUGACAUCAAUAAUUGCUGUACUACCAAAUCCUAAACUAUGGUCUAAAGAUGAGAUUUUAAUUGUUACACCGUUUAAAAAUUACACAGUUCACGAUUAUCCAGAAUACUUCAGUGAUUCCAAUUAUCUUACAGGUUAUAAAUUAUUCACACGUUACCUAUCUGCAUUCGACCCACUCGAAGCUCCCGAACAUGUACCUGAAGUCUAUUGUAUCUAUGGUUCUGGACUAUUAUCAGUGGAACAAGUCAUUUACAAAUCACCUAGUCUCUUCAUUUCAGCAUUUCCAAAUCAAUCACCCAGAAUUAUAUAUGGGGAUGGCGAUGGUACAGUGAAUCUACGCAGUUUAAAAGUUUGUACAAAAUGGCCCACAGCUAAAGUAGUUGAAUUCAUUACUUCUGAACAUAGACAAAUUUUGAGUGAAAGGCAAUUUAUUGAUUUUGUGAAACAACAUAUGAAUAUCAAAACUUAAUAGUAUUAUAACUAUCAUUAUUAUAUCUACUGUUUAUACUAAUAUGUUUAUUAUUAACAGUAAAUCCUAUAUGAC